AUGCAAGCCGUCCCCGAAUCCCGCCAACAAACCUUCGAGGAGAUCUACGGCCCUCCGGAAAACUUCCUCGAGAUAGAAGUCCGAAACCCCCAAACGCACGGCACCUCCCGCAACAUGUACACGUCCUACGAAAUCGUCUGCCGAACCAACAUCCCCGCAUUCAAACUGAAACAUUCCGUCGUAAGGCGCCGAUACUCCGAUUUCGAGUACUUCCGGGAUAUACUCGAGCGGGAGUCGACGAGGGUCACGAUCCCGCCGCUGCCGGGGAAGGUAUUCACGAAUCGGUUUUCUGAUGAUGUGAUUGAGCAUCGACGGGAGGGGUUGCAGAGAUUCUUGCAGAUUGUGGCGGGGCAUCCGUUGUUGCAGACGGGGAGUAAGGUUUUGGCGAGUUUUGUGCAGGAUCCGAAUUGGGAUCGGAAUGCGUGGUAG